UCAGAUUUUGAUAGAAUUUAGGAAUCUGUUGUGUUCAUUCUCUAGUAAUUUGUAAAAUUAUUACUCUUUAUCAUGGAUAAAUUACCAACCGAACUACUAAUUCAUAUUCUGAGCCUUGUAGAAUGUAAAGAUCUAGUGAAUAAUUGUAGAUUAGUUUCGCGAAAAUGGAAAGAAGUGGUGGACAGUGUUGCUUUGCGACGCAAGACAGAAAUGCACUGCAGUCAAAGUGUUUUGAAAACUCUUCAGAAUGGAAAAAAUAACGAAACAGUUCAUAGCUGGCAAAUUUAUUAUCUAAUGCUCAACAAUGUAUUUGCCAGAAAUCUACUGAGAAACAAUUGUGGUCAGAACAAAAUGGAGUACUGGAGACCCUGUCAUACGGACGACAUCAGCACGAAAUGGAAAGUGGAAGAAUAUCCAGAAGGCAGUGACUUUUUGCCAGAAAACGACGACUUUGGUUCACGCAGGUGUUGCUUCUCGCCAUCUUCGCGCUAUUCAUCCAAAUAUCAGAUCAUACGUUUGAAGGAUUUCGGUCUCACGCAGAGAAUCAUGGAUCAAAUUAGACCCGUCAUCAGGAUUCGAGAAUGGUAUUAUCUGAGUGACUGCAACGGUGGACGUAUGAACCAAUCGAAAGUGCAGCUUUUAGACAAGAGAAGAUGUGUUAUUGAUUCUUUCUCAUUGGAAAUCAACGAGAAAGCAGCCACAGGUGUUUGGCAAUCUAUGGAAUACGAGUUCAAGUCGUACCGCAAGGGUGUGCGUUUCAUCAAGUUCCUGCACAGCGCGACUGUCGGCUGCAAGCUGGGAGGCGGCAGUAUCGCCGCCCUUGCGCCGCCCCCGCAUUACCACCGUCACAAGGAGCUGACAGCGCGCCUCUGUCGCACACAGACAGAGAGCGAUGACUGCUACGAAACUGACUCGGACGGCGAUUUCAAAUUCGACCUGAAGUACGAGUUCUACAAAUACAUAAAGAAGAACAGUGCGAGCGAGAAGGAGCUGCUGAGUGACUACUCCAAGUACCGCAUCAAGGCGCCGCUCAAGUGCGGAGGGGUGGGGGGUGAUCCCUUCUACGACUUCUAUCAGUCGAGGAUCAAGAACUGGCGCAGUCAUUGCAACAAAGGAGUUCUAUCAUCGCCCGAAGUCCGGCUGGCGACCAGUCGCUUCAAAGAGCUGCUACAGAAAUACAGCUGGCAGGGCGACCACUUCGACGCGCAAGCGCUAGCUCAGGCCAGCUGUGACCUUGACCUUGACGGCUGCUAUCAGCUGGAGCACGACCUUGACGAGUCCUAUCAGCUGUUCAUGUCCAGCAACAGUGUCAACACCUUCUUCACGCUGUUUCCCAAGCCGCCCUGUCGACAGAUUUGCAGUGACGACAGUUGUAACCACGAGAUGGCGUCAGCUGACGUCAGUUGGCACUGCCACCGCUUGUGUUGCCACUACUUCGACAGCAACGCGGAGAAGGACGCUGAUGCACUCCUGUGCAAGUAUGUGCUGCUAAGACAUUUCGGAAGGAAGUACUAUCGCAAACAUCACAAACGUGCUUGAAAAUUGCCAAUUACGUCCUGAAGAUGCCAGUUGGAUAAUGAUUCGAGUCAGGUCAGUGAGUUGAAAUUAAUUUCACGUAACUAUUAAGCGACAGUACUACAAUCUCAAUUAUUAAUAUGCAUAAUAUACUGUUAAAUUUUUUAAUUUUGAAUUUAAAAGUUCAUUGUUUGACAUCUCGCUUCUCAAUCGACUUACCGAUAAUUAAUUCAAGAUUAUAAACUGUUAGUGCCGGAUGCAAAACAGCCGGUCAAGUUUUAAUUCCACAAGAACCAAUCAAGAAGGUCUUUUUGAUAAGACGGCUUCUCUGGUUGGUUCUCGUGGAAUUAAUCACGGUUAAAAUUUAACCAGCUUUUGUGCAACCGGGCCUCAGUCUUUCAAGAAGAUCAUGUUGUAAGACGGAGAUGGAAAACAAUUUAAAUUUUAAUAAAAAUUGUCUAUCACUUACACUUUUUGUAGUACAGAGCUACUAUAAAAUUAAAUCUGUGGAAAUGAGCUUGACAAUUACAUCAUCUCUCUGUUGUUGAAAUUGAGGUACUUUUCUCAUCUAGAACACUUUUGUAGAAUAACCUGGACUCUAGCUAGAGUUUAGUUUACACGACUAGUGUACCCAAAAUCAAAGAUUGCUCUGUUGUGGACAUUUUAGACAACGUAUUUCUAUUCUAGUACUGUGGUAUUUAUAGAUAUACAACAUAAUUUCUCAGCAAAAAAAUAAAUGUUGGAAAUUAAGACAUGUACUUGAGAAAUUCAGUAAUCACAGUGUGAAAUUUGUAUAAAGUCAUCAAAAACUUGUGCGUAAAGUUGGUUGUUUACUUGUAAGCUUUGCAUUAUCUAGUGUUCAUUUAUUCUUGUGAUAUUAAUGUGCAGAUUUUUGCAAUCGUUAUAAAUCUCUCCCCCUAAAUAUUGUUAGACUUAGAAAAAUAUAUAUAAUACGUUAGACUCUAUAGAUGAAUUUUACAACUAGGUGUAUAGGUAUUACUGUUGAGUGUUACUGUUAUAAAUAAUAUAAAUAUAGCUAGAUUUAGUUUGAUUCUCUCAGAGCCGGUUGCACAAAAGCCGGUUAAAUUUAAUCGUGAUUAAUUCCGUCUUAUUAAAGAGGCCUUCUCUGAUUGGUUCUUGUGAAAUUAAUCACGUUUAAAAUUAACCGGCUUUUGUGCAACUGGGCCUUAGUAUUUAAACUAAUUCUAAAACGUUCAUUGUUGAAAAAUGUUGCUACUUAUGUUUUAAUAAUUGGUGUACUAAUAUUUUGUGUGUGAAAUUUGUUUUUAUCUGCACUAAAUUUCAAAAUAAUUGGUGCUCAAAUUCAUGUGAAAUGUACUUUAUGUAAAACAUAAUUAUUAUUUGUUCAUUAAAUUGAAACAAAAACUGUUUUACUUCAUAGAAUAAGAAGUAUUAGAGAACAUAUUUGUAUAGAAUAUGUUUUAAAUCGUAAGGUAAGAGGAAUAACGGUUCUUAUUCAAUGAGAACGAAUAAACUGUUUCAAUUGAAAUCUAGAAUAUUGUUUAUUAAAAAGUCUUAACUUUUACUGUUCCCUAGCAAUUAGUGCGCUUUCGUAUUUAAGGUUCGAAUACUGUUGAUGUUGCCAUAAGAUACGAAUUUAUGUGAAACGCUUACAGUUUGUAUAAAUGUUAGUAAUUAAAUGUUUAUCAUAAUAUCUAUCAAUUGUUGAUGAUUUUGUCCUUGGUACUUUUGACUAAACUAGCUUAAGAGGGCUUGAAAGCUUUAACAAGCUCAAAUGAAAGCUAAAACUAGUUUUGUUGGUUUAUUGUUCUGGAUGUUAAUUCUAUCGAUUCAAAUGAGAAUACUGUAGUAUCAAAUAGCUCGAAAAAUUUUGAAAAAAUAUUAUUUAUCCCAUUUCUCAAUAGUAGCCUAUGAUUUAAUUUGUAAACUAUAGUAGUGAAAUUGAAUGAAGCGAGGUUUUCUCAACUUCAAUAUUCAUUACAAACGAUAACUGGGGCCUAUUUCACAAAGGUACAAGUAUUGUUACCAACCAUGGUUACGAACAAGUACUUGUAGUACAAGUUUACAGGUACUCACGUUUCACAAAAAUUUAUGAUCUACAAGUUUACAAUUCUACAAGUACUUCAAUAGUAAACAUAACAUAUUUUCAUGAUAAUUUCCUAUUUCAUCCUUUAUAAAGGUUACUUUACUUUUCAAUAAUUACUUUGAAAAUAUUUGAAAGCAAUAUAAUGUUUUUUGUACAGUCACUUCAUUUAUUGCUGAAUUUGUAACCUACACAGUAUAGUACUCUGUAUAUGAUAUAGUAUAUGUAUUAUAUAUAAUGUGUAUAUUUACUAUAGUACACAUACCUAUGAGGUAACACAUUAAUAACUAUUUAAAAAAAUUUUAAAUUCAAUUUCUUGAUGCAUAUAUUUCCAAAAUAAUGAAUUAUAGAGGAAUAGAGGUCAUUUUGAUUAUUAGAAAAUAUUUAUUGAAUAUUUAAAAUCAUUUUAUGAUCACUUGUAAAUCCUUUACAUAGCUUUCCACUUCGGUAGAAAUAUCAUAGUUACGAACAAGUAUUUUCGAAAAAAAUUGUUGCUACAAUGAAAAUCUUUGUGAAACACUUGUUCGUAACAAGCAAAUUACUUGUAAGCUUGUAGAAAUUCAUUGUAACUACAAGUUUACAAUUCUGCUUUUGUGAAACGCUUGUAAUCAGCUGUUCUCCAAAACCAUGGUUGGCAACAAGACUUGUAACCUACUUGUACCUUUGUGAAACAGGCCCCUGGUCGUCAAGUAAGAGUAGUGUAAAUCGUAUUCGGGCAAUGUUUAUCGACAUUUUUAAAGUUUAUGGGUGGCUCGUUGGAGUAAGCGAUAGCACGCCGUUCUAAUAAUCAAGAAAACCCGAGUUCGAAUCUCGACCGGGGCAAAAGUUUUCGACCACAGCACAAUCAUAUAGAUACGGCGACCCCGUCUUUGGGAGAACACGAUUAUCUAAAAAGUAGUAGUCAUCUCUCAUCAUUGGUAGAGAGUUAGUGGGAAGGAUAUUUUGAAUAUUCUUUCCGAAGAAUGGACAUUGAUAUGUCCAAAGCUCCGCCAAUUUAUGUAGAUGCAUAACAAUAUUAUCUAUAGUUAUCACAAAUUGCUUUUUUCAUAUCAUAUAUACAGUUCAAUAAUAAUUUUCUUAGUCUAUAUUAUGUAAAUUCAUCUAUAAUUUGCUGUAUUGUAAGCUAUUGUAUAUAGUGUAUAAGCCAGUAUAUAUUGUUGUAAUCUACAUGAAUAAAGUACUCAAUCAAUCAUCAUCCCUCUCACUCAUUACCCACGCACAAGCCUAAGAGCUUAUGUGGGCAUCACCCUCAGUAUUAUUAUUAUUAUCAGCAAAGAUGGUGUCUCCAACAAAACCAUUGAUCUAAAAAGUAAAAUUAUUUUCAAAAGUACCAAGGAUUCUUCAAGCGACAAUGUAGAACUUUCAUGUACAUGUGAUUCUUCUAAUGCGCUGUACCUGAUUAAAAUCAAUUUUGUCCAGUUAAGAAUCGAUAUUUUGUAAUUGUAAAUUUGAUAUAAAGUUCAUUAAAAAUAUGCGUAUUGAUAGUUUAUUGAUCAUAAUAGGUGUGAAUAAUUGCAGAAAAAAUGUUGUAGAUAAUGAAUUAUGUAGAAAAUAAGCCUGCAAUUUUAAAAGAUUUUCGAAUUGAGCUAUUACUAUCAAUUUUUGAGUAGAAGAAUUCUAAAUUGUAUCUUUGGGGCUCAGUUUGGAUAACGCUAUUCUAAUUUGAUUCUAUUUUCCAACAGUUAAUUAUAGAAAUUCUUGACUUUAUCAAGUUUCCAAUCACAGUAAAAUUCUGGUUCACAAUAUUAUUAAGUCGAGCUUAAUAUCUUGACUAUAUUAGGUGAAAAUAUGAUCUACUUUAAGCUUCAUAUUUUUCAAAUGAAAUCUAAGUUAAAUAAAAAGACUAAAAUCUGUGGUUUUUGACAAUUUCUUAGUCUUUUUAUUUAAUAUGAAUAAUUACCACAAUAUCAACGUCUCAACUACACAAAAAAUCUAAGUUAGUUUUGUAGUUUUCAAAUUGUAACUCCACAUUAUAAUAGAAAAACCUUGUUGGACUAGUUCACAAUAAAUUCUCCAAAGUUGUAUGGUAGACAUUUUUUGUGAUUGACUCAUUUUCUCUUCUGCUAUCCAUUUUUCUCUUACUUUUAUCAAUUUGUCAUUCAAUUAGUAUCUAUGAUAUCGAUCUUAGUUUCUAAUUAUUGAAUAACUGUUUGUAAUAAAUUUGAUGUAAAAGUUGUGGAAUUUGUAAAUUUCAAAUCAUACAAAUCUGAAUCUCAAAAUAAAGUCACAGAACUCUCUUUACUUUGCUUAUCAUCAAAAGUAUGGCUUAAGUGUCAACUAAUAUUUCAAACAACCAAACUAUUGUUUUAUUUUAUACAAAUUGAUGUAAAGUUGUAAUAAUGAUGUGUGAAUGUUGUAAUUUGAUUAAUAGUUUAUUAUAAAUAAGAGUUGAUUGGCUUCUGAACAGUUCUAGUUUUAUCAUCAUAAUAUGAAACAUAAGACACUUUGAUUGUAAUUCUAUCGAAUAAAAUUUAUUUUUCAAGAGUGUUCAUAUUUUCCAACAUUAUAAAACUAUUAAAUAGCCUGUAAAACUGUAAUUCGUAAUCAUUGUGAUUGUAUGGCCAAAGAAAUGCAUUGACUGUCUGUGUUGAAACCAUAAUAAAAUUUUUCUUCAAGUAUCUA